AUGAUUACUCCAAGGACCCAAACAGGGUAUGGGUUUAAGCGUGGAUCCAAAGAAAUCGUUAAAUUUGAGAACUUGCCUGUACCAGAACCUAGUGCGAAUGGGGUUUUACUCAAAAUCGAGGCAGCUGGAUUGUGUAGAUCUGAUGAUCACAUUCUCAUCUCUCAAAAUCCUGGCUCCCCAGAUGUGAUGGUGAUGGGGCAUGAGAUAUGUGGUACAAUCGCCCAAGCAGGGUCUGCGAUCGUGGACAACCUGAGAUAUAAGGUAGGUGCUCGCUUUUGUAUGUUCAUAAGUGAUUCUUGUGGGUCCUGUGACAACUGCAGAGAGGGAAGGGAUAAUCACUGUUCAGUUAACACAUACCAGGCGUUUGGAAUUACCAAAGAUGGCGGUUUCCAAGAAUAUCUUUUGGUCGAAAACCCCAGAAAUUUAAUACCCAUUCCUGACUCUGUGAGUUUCAAAGAGGCCGCAUCUGCAACUGAUGCAAUCUUGACUCCAUUCCACGCAAUCAUGAAAGUAAAAUCUAUGCUUAGCCCUACGAGCAAAGUACUUGUUCUUGGUGCUGGUGGGUUGGGGCUUCAUGCAAUUCAAAUUUUGCGUCAUUUCGAUUGCAAAAUCAUAUGUGUCGACCAAAAGCCUGAAAAUGAAGAUCUCGUCAAAAGUUUGGGGGCGCAUGAGUUCUACAGGUCUUUUCAGGAUGUUGAUUACAAGCAAGAGUCAUUUGAUGUGAGUUUUGACUUUAUCGGUAACCAAAACAGCGUUGACUGCUCAUGCAAAUAUAUAGGGAGCAACGGCAAAAUCGUGAUGAUCGGAAUGGGAAAGCUGCGCGUCAUGCUUCCCAACUACGAUUUAUCAAGAAGAGAAGUGGAGGUGAUUUACAAUUUUGGAGGCACUUCCAGAGAGCAGGGAGAAGUGCUCAAAUGGAUAGCAGCUGGGAAAAUAAAGCCUAUAGUAGAGACUCAACCCAUGGAUCAGUUGCCCGAUUACAUGCGCAAGAUGAGAAGAGGGGAAAUUGUGGGCAGAGUUGCGUUUAAACCAGUUUCAAAAUUGUAA